AAUACACCCUUCGAAGUCGGAACAAGAGACACUUGACAUCUGAAUCGUCAUUCGGAUUCAUCAUGUGGAAGUUAAUACCGCUGUGUACCCUCGUGGGUCUGGCGACCGCUUACAACAUAUCUUUCAACAAAUACGUGGUCCUCGAGCUUUUACCGAACCGGCCCGAGCAGUUGCAAUACCUGUAUGAUUUCACAUGUGACGGAAUCAAACUCUCCUAUUGGAAACCGCCGAGCAAGAUAGGUAGCCCUAUCCACCUUAUGGUAGACCCAGAAAUACUGCACCUCGUUAUAAAUAGACUAGACAAAUACGGCAUAUCUUACAAAACUUACAUCGAUAACGUGCAGGAGCUAAUCGAUAGGUCGACACCUAAGAACUUAUCGUAUUCCUUCGACUUCACCAGCUACCACACCCUUGUGGCGAUUUAUAAGAAUCUGGAUGACUUGGCGAAGCAGAAUCCCGACAAAGUGCAGGCCAUCAUAGGCGGCCAGACACACGAGGGUUGGCGAAUCAAGGGCGUGAAAGUGUCCUACAAGCCGAACAACCCCGGCGUGUUCAUCGAGGGUGGUAUUUACGGCAGAGAGUGGAUCUCGCCGGCCGCUGUCAUGUACUUGCUGCACCAAUUGCUGAACAGCACAAACGCGGAUGUCAGGAACAUGGCUGAGAACUAUGACUGGUACAUCUUCCCCUCGUUCAAUCCGGACGGAUAUGAGUACACACAGACCACGAAUCGAAUAUGGAAAAAGAAUCGUCAUGAGCGUACGAUAUAUGGUAGGUGCCAUAGCAUCGACCUGAACGGCAACUGGGGUUACAAGUGGGCCAAUAAUGGGAAAGACCCAUGUGCUGAUUCAUAUAAUGGAAGAAAGGCGUUUUCCGAAUUAGAGACGAGUACCAUGUCCAAUUACAUCAGAGAGAUCAAAGACAAAUUUUUCGCAUACUUCUCGUUCACCACCUAUUCACCUAUUCUGCUGUUACCUUACGGCUACACUCAUGAUUAUAUGAAUUUAACAAAUGGUCAGUAUGACAUCAUCUUUGAUGGAAUCAAAGUCCUCAUACAGAAACAUAACAUUUCCUAUUCGGCCUCAAGUAUUGCCGAUGUGUACAACAUAACCACUGGAAGCACCUUGGAUUACAUCAUGGGCACGUACCAGAAACCGCUUGUCUUAGGCUACCAAAUAGACGAUAGUGGCAAAUAUGGUUUCUUGCAUCCACCCGAAGAAAUUGUUCCUACUGGGGAAAAGAUCGUUGACUUUCUAAUGGCUGUUCUAAGCAAGGCGAAGGAACUUAAUAUUCCCUAAUAAUAAAACUCUCGACACUAAUUAAUAUCACUGCAAUAUGUCGCACGUCGUAUGGAAAAAUGACACAGCUGGAAAAUGUGUAAUUUUGAGCUAAUACGUUAAAAAUAUGCAUAAAAUUACAUUUUGCAACGGGAGAGUAACACGCUUCAUGUUUUCGAUAAUUACCGCUGAAAGAUGGAAAAGGAGAAUUAGGAAAUAAAGUAUCGUGUAUAUUCUAAUCCACAACUAAUGCCCAUAAUCAGUUUUAUUGAGAUCUUCUUUUCUUCCGCAGUGGUGAAAAAUUACGUUUUUUGGAUUAUAUAUUUUGCCGACACUUAUCUGGUAUGAACAAAGAAGAAUUUAAAAGAAUUUUAAAGGCAAUCCAACAAAGACAACAAGAAAUGAAAUUUUAAUAUGUGUAACAUUUUGACAAAGAACCCCGCACGUUUCUUGUGACUCAAGAAGUGACUCAAAUCAAAUUACUCACUCAUCACUCGAAAACGCGAUUUCCUGCACAUUGUCAAAUUGAAAAACUGUUGCUGGAAAUUUAGGAAAAAAGAGAACUCACUGCAUGCUUAUUCUGGUAAAAAGAAGAAGCUUUAUAAAGCGUUGACAAUCGUUCAAUGAGAGUUUUUUGAGAGUUUCUAUGCUUUUAAACUUUAUAAGAAAGUUAUAUUUCAAACGCUUUCGAAACGCUUCGAUCAAACGCUGUAUAUAACGUUUCGUCAAAGUUUUGCUGAGAAAAACACCUUCAAACGCUGCAGCAUUGCAAAUUCCACUAUUAACAACUUCUCUAUUAACAUAAUACUAUUAACAUAGUACAAAUUCUCUAUUAACUGUUUUUAAACUCCUAACGACUCCUACAAAUGCUCAUAUAGACGCUAAACAAACGCUCAUGAAACUUUUUAUUUUUGCUGGGAUAUUUAUCAUCAAUAUAUAGAAUUAAUUUUUACGUGUUGCUUAACUCUUAAAAGUGCAAAAAGACAAUUAUAGAAGUGC